AUGUUACGAGAAGCAAAAAGGAAGUGCUACCCUGAUGAAGCUUCUAUAUCUGUAACAAAUAUUGCUGCCGAAGUUAAAUUGCAAAGUCUCGUCGACCACACUGUUCGAAGAAUCAUCGAAGUUCAAAAAGAUGUGAUUUUACAAAUAUUCAGAGAUACUUCGGAAAACGUCACAAUGAUCUACAAAUGGGACUGCGAUGAAAGUGCCGACCACGCCACAUAUAGACAGGAAUUUACAAAUAGCGAAGGAAAAAAAAUAGACGAAUAUAUGUAUGCCAUCUGUUUAGUUCCCCUACAGCUAAAUGUGGAUAGCAACAUCGUAUGGCAAAAUUCACGCCCAUCAUCAACCAGGUUUUGUCGACCGAUUAAACUGUUGUUCGACAAAGAGAGUACACCACUAAUAAAAAAGGAAAUCAAGAGUGUCAAGGAACAGAUAGAAAAUAAAUUUCCAACAAGAAUAGAAGAGUUUAAUAUGAACAUCAACCACAAAUUCUGUUUGACAAUGAUUGACGGUAAGACAUGCAAUUUCAGAAUCAUCGUCACAGUCAUGUGGGAUCUGUGGAGCUACGCCAAAAAUAAUGAAUGA